CAUUUUGAAAAACAUAAAAUAACGCAUGGGGAUGAGGCGCGUUGGCAGUAAUUAAAGGCCGUUUUCAAGCAGCUGUUUCAGGUUCACUUAAGCCCCUGGCUGCACAAUGAGUUGGGCGGUUGAGGAGUGGAAAGAAGGGCUUCCCACCAGGGCCCUCCAGAAGAUCCAGGACAUCGAGGGACAACUGGACAAACUAAAGAAGGAGAGACAGCAGAGGCAGUUUCAGUUGGAGUCACUGGAAGCUGCUUUUCAAAAGCAAAAACAUAAGGUGGAAAAUGAAAAGUCUGAAGCUGUGGCUUUAAAAAGGGAGAACCAGAGUCUGGUGGAGUCAUGUGACAGCCUCGAAAAGUCCCGGCAGAAAAUCAGCCAUGAGCUGCAAAUGAAAGAGCAGCAGAUGAACUGCUUGGAAGGACAACUGGCCUCCAGUAAGAAACAAGCCGACAAGCUGGAGCAAGAAAUCAAAAGGUACAAAUAUGAGCUAGAAAGGAUUCAGAAAUCUCAAACGUCUUGCGAUUCACAGCCAUGCAGAACACCACAGGAAAGCUUUAUGUCUUUCUCAACACCGAGUAAAGUUCCUAACGAUGAGAAAAUUGAAGAACUUCAAGAGAAAUAUAACCGAGAAUGUGAAGAGAGAAAAAGGCUUGAAGCAGAACUGAAAGUCCUGCAGGUCAAAUUAGUAAACCAGUCCAGUGGGAGCCACAAGGACAUUGCACGGCAUCAGGCGGCAUCUUCUGUAUUCCCAUGGCAAAAAGAGCAGGUGGCAAACCAUCAGUCAGGCAACUCGUUUGAGACCCCCAAUAAAAGGGGUAACAGCACUUCAGGAUUUCCAUGGGAGCAAGUCCCCGCUUAUCAACAGAGCUCUAGAUCUGCAAAGAAGACGGCGCCUGCUUGUAACCCAAGUGAUGGCACUAGCAGCAACCCACAGUAUGAGCAGCUGAAAACUUCCCACCAAGAAUUAAAAGCACGUGUGUGUGAAUUGGAAAAUCAACUUAAAUCUCAAGAAAAGGAUAUCAAGUGCCAUCUCAACAAAGUGCAGGAGAUGCAAAGCCAGUAUGAGAAGGUGAAGUUACAGCUCAAUGAGAAGGACAAGGGCUUAAGCAAAAGUAAAGAUGAACUUGCCAGGGUGACGGGACAGUAUGACCAGAUGGUGGCCAAGUGUGCAGCUCUUGAGCAAAAAAUGAAACAAGUAUCAGAAGAACUUAACUGCCAACGACAUAAUGCAGAUAGUACUCGCCUGGCAAUGGAGCAGAAGUUAAAAGACCAGGAGAAAGGGCAUCAAAAGGAAGUUUUAUAUUAUCAGAAUUCCUUACAGAAUGUGGAACAGCAGCUUAGUCAAAUGAAAAUUAAAACGGGGCAGGAACUGCAGCAAGCAAAAAAUGAAAACAAUUCUCUAAGAUCUGAAUGUGAUAAGGCCGCAUUCCAAAAGCAGCAUCUUGAAAAAGACUUGGACGACAUGAAACAGAAGUUUUGUAGGUUGGAACAAACGCUUCAGUCUAGCCAGGCAAAGGAAAACAGUUUUCGAAUCAAAUAUGAGGAAAUGCAAAAAGAAAAUGCCAGGCUGUCCAGUCAAUUUAAUCAGAGCUCAAAAAGGCUGAUUGAGGUGGAGGAACAACUGAAGAACAGCAAACAAACCCUUCAACAAACAAGCAACUUAGCCGAAGACUUCAAAACAAAGCAUGCAGCAAAACUUGAAGAAAUAAAAUCUUUAAAUACAAAAUUAGAUGAGCAAACUAAACGAUCGACCCUCGAUGUGCAGAACCUGAAGAAUAACAUAGCUGAGCUGGAAAAAGUCAGAGACGGCACACAAGUGCAGCUGAAGAAGAAAGAACAAGAACUGGAACAAAUGAGAAUGAAGCAGCUGUCUCUGGAGGAAGAACGAAAAACACUGCAAGCCGCAAUUAGUGCAAAGCAGAAGCAGUGGGAUGAACUUAAACGGGAGAACGAAUCGCUUACUCAAUGGAAAAACGAGAAGGAAAACCUGAUCAAGAAUGCAAAUGCUGAGAAAGAAAAUCUGUUGGAAAAAAAUCGUUCCUUGACCAAAAAUGUUGAGGUUCUUCAGAAUAAAACAGAUGACCAACAUAAGCAAAUCACACAUCUUGAAAGUCUGAAGAAUGAUCUUUGGAAAGAAGUUGAAACUCUUAAGGCUGAACUUGUCCGUAAAAGUGCGGACUUAGAAGAAAAGAGCAAAGCUUAUGAGGAACUUAGCUUGAAAGAGAAAGUGUGUGAAGAAAAGCAUCUGAAGGAGUUGCAUAAUGCCGCACUGAGUGUUUCUCAACUGCACUCACAGGUAUCGGAGUUAGAAGUGAAAUUAAAAGAAGAAAACAAUAAAGCGCUGGAAGCGGAGCAUUCUUAUAAUGAGCUGCGGACUGAGUGUGAGACCAAAACUGACCUGGUAAAAUCCAAAGAUGAAGUGAUAGGCUUGAAAGAUUCAGAAAUUCAACAUCUCCAGAGUCGAAACUCUCAAAUCAUCCUUCAUCAUGAGCAAAUGCUGGCUCAGAUAAAUGAAGAGAAGUGCAACUUGAUCAAACAACAUGAAGACACGAUUGCUGCAAAGUCUGCUGAAAUGGAGACAAUGCAGUUGGAGUAUGUGAAGAUCCAACAGGAUUCUGUGUUCUUUAAGGAUCAGGUGGUAUCUUUGGAGUCCUGUCUAAAUGUCCAAAACCAGCUUAGUGAGGAUUUGCAAAAGAGGAAUGAAGAGCUUUGCAGAGUAAAUGAGCAGAUAAACUUACAGUUAUCAGAACUUGAGAAGAGUCGUGAUUCAUUGCUUGAAGACGUACAGCUGAAAAUCGACCAGAUUCAAUCCAGAGCCUUCGUUCACCAGACAAGAGCAGCAACUUUACACUCCUCUGCAGAUGACACAGGGGUCCAAGCUGGUGCUUUGAAUAAAGUGAGCAGUGAUGCGCCAUCACAAGGAGCAGAAAGUCAUUUAGAAAUGGCAACAUGUGGACUGGAAGAAAUAAUGCCCACAGAUUUGGCCUUCGGAAACAAAUACAAUUUGCUGUCAGAAGGAACUGAGCUUGCUAUGUGUGAAGAGCAAACCGAGCAGUUGAUGGACAUUUCUGAUGUGUCUCUCCUUGAACCAGUGAAAGACAAGAUAACUAACAAUUAUAACAGUGAACCACAAGCUGGUGCAUCGUCCGGUGAUCACUUUGCAGGCAAACACUCCGCCAUUCUGAGCUCAUUAAGAAUUAUCCAUGAGAAGUGUGUGGCUGUGGUUGAGGAGAAUGCAAGGUUUGAAAUGGAACUUUCCGAGAAGGCAAAAGAAGUUAAGCUUAAAGAAAAGCAGUUGUGGGAACUUUCUGAAAAGUCAAUCCAGGAAUCUGAAAAAUAUGCAGCUGAAAUUCAGUCUGCUGAAGAAAAGGUGUCAAGCUUGAAGCAAAACCUGGAAACCCUGCAGGGUCACCUGAAUAACAAAACACGUGAAGCAGAUGAGUUAGCAGAGAAAGUUAGCAUCUUUGAGCACGAAGUCCGACAGUUACAAUGUGAUCUUUUGGUUAAAACAGAAGAGCUCACAAAACUACAAGAGUUGCACAGAUUAACCUGUCAAGACAAAGAACUUCUAGAGAAACAGCUGACUGACUUGCAGAAUGAAUUCCAGAUUCUUCAGAGCAGCAGCUCAGCUCUGGAGACGCAACUGGAAGCAGCAAAACGUCAGCUAGAACUGCUAGAAAGCAAGCUAGCGUCUGUAGAAGCCGAAAGUCAAAAAAGUCUGGAUACCAUCAAAGAAAAGGAAAAUGUGAUUUGUCAAAAGAAUGUUCAAAUAGAAAUGCUGCAGAUGGAUAUUGAAGACAAGGACGAAUGUCUGAGCGCUUGCUCUGCACAAAUAGAAGAGCUGCAGCAUAAUCUGAGCCUUGCCGAGACCAAAUGUGCCGAGAAUGAUCUGCAAAAGUCCAACGCUGAGCAAGAGUUGAAGUGUGCACAAGAAGAGCUCCAAAGUAAAACAAAUGACAUCUUAAAAAUGAACGAAUUAAUCAAGUCCCUGAAGAAGGAACACGAAAGAAGCGUAGAAGAAAAAUGCCAGGCUCUUUGUGACAAAAUUGAAACCAGUCAGGGCAUCAUCGAGAAACUUCAGUGUGACUUACAGGAAGAAGCCAAAGUGACUCGAGAGACAAAUGACAAGUAUGAAGAGUUAAUAAAAGAAAAAUGCAUCCUUGAGUCUGAGCUUAGUAACGUGAAUCUCUCCAGCAGAUUAAUCUGUCAAGAAAAAGAACUGCUGGAAAAGCAGAUCAUUGACCUACAGCAUGAUUUACAGUCUUUAAAAAGCACCGGCUCAGCUUUACAAAGGCAACUGGAAGAAGGCAAAUUGAAAUUAGAAGAGCUUGAAAGUAAACUGCUGUCUGCAGAAGCUGAAAACCAGAAGAAUUUCAAUACAAUAAAAGAAAAUGAAGAUGUGAUUACCCAGAAAAAUGCACAAAUAAAAAUGCUCCAGAAGAAUAUCGAAGACAAAGACGAAUGUCUAAGCUGUUGCACUAGGCAAAUCGAAGAACUUCAGCAUAAUUUGAGUACGGCCGAAAGAAAAUUAGGGGAGGCCUGCUUACAGAAGAUGACCGUUGUCGAAGAUCUGAAGUGUUCACAGGAACAACUCAGAAGGAAAGAUGAGCAGAUCUCAAAAGCCGAUGAGCUAAUAAACUCCAUGAAGGAGGAACACAGACGAAAUGUGGAGGAAAAAUGUCGGGCUGUUCUUGAAAAGGCUGAGGCAGAUCAGUGCAUCAUUCAGAAGCUACAGCAUGACUUGGAGGAAGUGACUAAUGCGUCAAAGAUAGCAAAUGACAAGUGUGAACAGUUAACGCAAGAAAAAUCCUCUCUCGAGUGUGAGUUUAGUAACUUGGAGCUUUCAAACAGAUUAAUGUGUCAAGAAAAAGAAGUUCUUGAACAACAGAUACUUGACCUACAGAAAGACCUGGAGAUGCAGCUACAAGAGACAAAUGCUAAACUACAAAGGGCUGAAAGUGCAUUACACACUGUAGAAGCUGAAAGUCAGAAGAAUAUCAAUGUGGUAAAAGAACAUGAAGAUGUAAUUAAGCAGAAAGACGUCCUAAUUGACAUGCUUCAGAAGAACAUUGAAGACAGAGAUGAACGUCUGAGCUCUUGUCUGGUGCAGAUAGAACAGCUUCAGCAUACUGUGAGUGCAACCGAGAAGAAAUGUGAAGAGAGUGAGUUGCAAAAGUCUAACAUUCAGAAAGAAUUAAAUGGAGCACUAGAAGAACUCGCCAAAAAAGACUUUGAAAUUUCAAAAAGUCAGGAAUUACUAGAAUCCAUUAAGGAGACAUUUGAGCAAAAUGUCGAAGAGAAAUGCCAAGCUCUCCUUGAACAACUCCGAACCCACGAACAGAUCGUUGAAAAGCUUCAGAGUGACUUACAAGAAGAGACAAACGUGUCGAAGGUAACAACAGACAAGUAUGAACAGUUGGCAAAGGAGAAAUCCCACCUAGAAUAUGAAAUGACUUCUGUAAGAUCUCAGCUGGCAGCUGUUACUGAGCAAAAUAACAAGCUGGUUGAAGAUCUUCAAAAUUCAGAACAUGAAGUGAGUCUCUCUAAAGCUGAGAGUUUGAAUCUUCAGGAAUCUCUUUUAAAGCUAAAAGAAGAAAACACUAUGUUACAGUCAUCACUUGGGGAUCAAGAAAAGCGGAUCGAAACUCCCGAGCCAACUCCAUCCCAUGAAGAACUGAAACGUCAGUAUAAUCAACUUGAAAGCCUUCAUCAUGAGCUAAAGGAAAAGUUUGCCUUACUUCAAAAUGACCACCUGAUAUUGCAGGGGAAUUUCAGCGAUUUAAUGUGUACAGUAAACGAGCAGCAGGGCCGCAUUGAAAAUCUGGUGAAUGAAGAAGCAGCUUUACUACUGAAAUUGGAUCAACAAAACGGACAAAUGGAACAUUCAGCAUCCGUCUGCAGGCAAAAUGAGACAAGAUCAUCUGAGCAGGUUCUGGUGCUUACAGAUCACAUUGAAGCAGAAACCGGAGGUGACGUCUUGGUAUGCGAGCCUACUGCAGUUGCACCACCCCAGAAUGCUCCAAGGUCUCCUAAACAAGACCUCUGCCAUGUGAAGUCAAAUGACUUGGGCAUGUGUGAUGGGCAAACGACAGAUUCAUGUGAUGAAAGUGAACAACUCCAUCCAACUGAUCAACAGGUGCAUGUCCACUCUUCCCUGGAUUCAGCAAUAAAUCUUGUAAAUGGACUGCCUAGUCUGUCAGAGGUUUGCGGUAACGAGACUGAGGAACUAAAGGUAACCUUGGAAAGAACGACAAACGAGCUGAACCAGUUAAAACAACAGCACUUAGUAGAAAUGCAGCAAUGGGAGAGCAGGCUAGAAGCGCUGAACCUAGAAAUGGAGUCCAAGCUAGCAGAAGAAAAGCAGCAUGCGUUGUUCUUGUCGUCUGAAUUAGAAGCUGCCAGACUUCAAAUGCAGGGUCUGGACCUGAGUUCUCAUUCCUUGUGUGUUGAAAAUGAGGCCAGUGAAGCUCACAGCAGCCCCAUUUUCCACAAGCAGGCUGAAGAGAUUGUUAAAUGCAGUCAUCCAAGAGAAGCUCCUAAUGAACACUGGAAAGAGCUCGAGGACUUCCAAAAUGCGGAUGUAAAAAUGAAUCAGUCGCCAAAUGACACUUUUGAGGGACUCCUCAGUGAUGCAGACAUUCUGAAGCUAAACCCUGAAACGAGUCUUCAUGAGGACUCUAAGUUAGUCCCUGAGGUUCUUCAAGAGACCCCACUUUUGCAAAAAUGUGAAAAACUCUGUAAGUUUGUUUGUGAAGUGCAAAGAAGCCAAUCCCCCAAUGACACGUUUGAGAGACUCCUGAGCGAUGUAGAAAUUCUGAAACUGAGUGCUGAAACAAGCUUUCAUGAUGACCCCCAGGAUGCCCAAUUAGCACCCUCUUCUCCCCAGGAGAGUCCUCUGUCCCAGGCACGCAAAAAUGCUGAAACCAGUGAAGACAAAUUCCAAAAUCUCUUUUCACAGAUCAGCACUCUUAGAGAAGAGGUGGUAUGCAAAAGUGAAAUGUGUAGUGCAAUGGAGGCAAAGGUACAAGAAAUUGACAAGGAAAAAUCUGCUCUACAAGGAAAAUUGGAUAGCAUACUAAUUAGCAACCAUGAACUAAUCGACCAAGUAAAAGAAAUGGAAAAAGAGGCCAGUGAUUUGAGGUCACAGAUGCAAAUUUCGAAAGUGGAAUUUUCAGAUGUAGCAGUUGUAUUAGAAAAUUUGGAAAAAUCCAAGGAGGCAUGGCAUGAAAAAAAUCUCGAGCUUCAAAAUGAUCUAAAACGAAGCAGAUCUGAGAAGGCCAAUCUUGAAAAGCACAUCUUAUCUUUGGAAGCAGAUAUUGAGGAGUUUCAGAAUAAGAAUCAUAAACUGGAAAAGGACAUUGAAUUUAAUCAGAAGAAUUUUGCUGCCAUGGAGAAGCAGCUUAGCCUGGUUACCAGUGAGAGGAACCAGAUUAGUGAAGAGUUCUGUUCCUGUCUAGAGGAAAAAGAGGAUCUGGAGAGAACAUCACAAGCCUUGAAGGAGAAGCUAAAGCUGCUUGAAUCCGAUCACACAAACAAUAAAGAGUUCAUUAAGUUUCUAGAAGUGGAAAUAACACAGCAGAAAAAAAUGGUUCAGGUGGCCAACAGUGACUUGGAUGCUGCAAAAACCGAACGUAGUAACCUUCUGCAGAAUCUACAUGACUGGGAAAAUAAAAUUGCUGUAAUGAGUUCUGAAAAAGAUGAACUUUUGAAACAACUCAAUGUAAGAGAAGAGGAGAAAAAUGUGUUAUCUAGUGAGCGUGAAGCUCUGGAGGGCAAGCUGAAAAUGUUUGAAAGUGAAAAUGUGAGAUUGUCUCAGUCGCUGGAAAACUCCCUUAUAGAAAAAGGUGAAAUAGCGUCACGACUCGAUUCAACUCGGGAGGAAGUUGCUCAGAUGCGACAAGGGAUUGAGAAACUCAAAGCCAAAAUAGAGUCAGAUGAAAAAAAGAGAAAACACAUGGAAGAGCAGAUUAAAACACGGCAAAGAAAGAUCGAUUCUCUUUUAGAUAAGAUUGAGAAACUAGAAAGGGAACUGGAAGAGUCAGAAGGACAUCUGGAAACGGUGGUGCUUCAGUCUGAGGAAAGAAAAGAGGAAGCUGAAUCCUUGCUAUCUGAGAAGGUGGCCUUAUCUAAAUCUGUUGCGUCUUUACAGUCGGAAGUUAGUGCCCUUCAAUCUGAGAAGCACAAUUUGGAAAACAACGCAAACCAAAAUGAAGAAGCGCUCAAAGAAGAAGUUCAGACAUAUCGACUUAAAGUGGAGUCUUUGCAGGAAAAAAAUGAGACAUUGGAGAGAGAACUAGAAGUGAAUCGAAAACAAUUGCAAGAUUCCGUCCUUGAGUCUGAAACGGCUAAAACUCACUGCAAGGAAUUAAGCAGUGAAAAGGGAACUCUUUUAAAAUCAGUGGAGCAUCUGGAAAUGGAAGUUUGCUCACUGAGGAAUGAGAAAGAUAAAGUGGAAAAAGAACUUCUUAGUGUGAACGAAAAGGUGAGUCAGACUGACCUGCUACUUUCAACAACCGCUGAAGCCUUAGAAAACCUUCAAAAGGAGAAGGCAGACAUGUUAAAGAAUCACACAAGUGUUGUGGAGGAGUUGUCUCAGCAGUUGAGUGAAGUGAAUCGUCAAGGCCAGGACUGCAAAAGCGAGUUGCACUCUUGGAGAUUGAAGAACGAGGAAUUGACUACUCGCUUGUCUCACUUGGAAACUGAAAAGAAUGAGUUGUCUCGGCAAAUGAUUCAGUCUCAAGCUACCUAUGAGGAGCUUCAGGGGGCCAAUAAGUACCUCACUCAAGAUCUGGAGGCCCUUCAAAUCAAAUUAAACGAAAGCACUGAAGACAAAGAGAGACUACUGAAAAGUAUCGCUGACUUGCAACUUCUCAAACACACCAUGGAUGGUGAACUCUCAAGCCUGGAAAAAGAAAAGGAAAAUUGGAAAAAGAGUCAGAGCAGCUUACAGAACAGAGUUACGGAGGCAGAAGACCUGAUAACCAAAAAGGAGGCCACAAUUGGUGCCCUGCAGAAUUCCAUUAAACAGCUUGAAAAGGAAUUGCAAUCUGCAAAGUCAUGCAGCUCUGAAGAAGCAAGACAGAUGAGCGACUUAAAGGAAAAGAACACAAACCUUCAGAAUGAAAUGAAUGCCAUGCGCAAUGCUUCUGAGGACAUGAAGAAGGAAUCCGAACUUGAGCGAGAGGCACUAGCUACCCAGCUUCAAGAGCACCAGCAACAAACAGGAACCAUCAAGCUGUCCUUGGAGGCCAGUACAUUAGAGAAUCGUGAGCUGAAUGUUAAACUUCUCUCUCUUCAGAGUGAACUUGAGACGAAUAAACGAAAACACGAACAGGUCGAAAAAGAGUAUCAGCAAAAACUUGAAAAGCAAGCAAGUGAGACUGCUAAUCUCAAGUCUAAGAUUAAUCAGCUGAAGAAGAAGAUGGAAGCUUCAGCACUUCAAGUACAACAGCUGCUGGCCUCAUGCAAGCAGCUGGAAUCAGAAAAGGAGGCUCAGAAGAAAGAAAACGCAGAGCUGCUCUUAAAACUGGAGUCCCGUCAGAAUCCAGCUGACAGCACAAACAAAGAAUCCCUAAGAUUAGAAAUUGAAGAUUUACAGCUCAAGCUUGAGGAAAAGACCAAAGAGGCUGAUGAAAGCACCGAAAAGUACUGUAACCUCAUGAUUGAUUUGUACAAACUGGAAGAAAGUAACGAAAUUCUUGAGAAAAGAGUUGCUUUACUUAACAGUCAGAUAACUAAUGUGAAACAAAAUGAUUCUCAAAAUGAAAACAAGUCUAAAGCAGAUCUUAAAGAAGCCAAUCAGCCUAAAAAGUCAAAGGAAAAGAGGACACCUCAGCAGGAGCCACCUCGCCCAUCAGUAAAGAGGCAGAGGGUGCCGGAAUCUGAGGAGAGCGAUAAGCAGCCUGGCAUUGCCGACAUUCAGGGAGCGGUGAAGAGGAUUAAAGGUUCGGCUGAGCAAUCUGCAGCAACAGAAGAUGCACAGUUUCACCUAGAAGGGCUUCCAGAACUGGUCAGGAAAGGGUUUGCUGAUAUUCCAGUUGGAGAAAUGAGCCCCUACGUUAUAAGGAGAACAACCGUUCAGCGGUGCAGCCCUCGCCUUGCAGCCAAGAGAUCACCAGCUGUGCCACCUGCAGAGUCCGCCACACUUGAGAGUCCCAUGCUAAACACACAUAAAAAACAUUCCGGUCAGUUGGCCCCUAAAUCUGGAACGCUGCUGACGGCCAUAACUAACAGCCCAAAAGCACACACCUUUGAGAGCCCAAAAGGCGAGACGGAUGCCCGGGCAAAGCGACGAUCCCUGAGCCUAAAGAAAUCUCCAGAGCAAAGACAAAGGCUCCGUGACCUGGCGAGGUCCCCAAAAGAGGACGAGAACUGCAACGUACAAUAAUAAGGGGGGGUGGUCUUUGUUACUGCUGUGAAGGUUCUUUGUGUCUGUCCCGUUAUAUUUGUUAUGUAUAUUUGUUUCUUACAAUGCAUAUUUGACUUAAAACCCAGUUUUUAUUUUUGUACAGUUUUACAACUUACGUCUAUUGUUAAAGUUAUGUCAAUGUUUUUAUUGUUUAUAUAUGUGUAAGGCUUUGAUUUUUUUUCAAAAUGCCUUACAUUUUUUGUUUCAAAUGUUUAAUAUUGUUAACUCUAAUGAAUGUUUAGUAAAAUGUUCAGAACCUAAUGACAAA